GAGCGGGAUUGACUUCAUCCAACGAGGAGGAUGAGCAGAGGCUCCAGAGAUGAGGGAUGGGAAGGUCAGGACAGAUCCGUCCAGAACAGAGCAGGCUAAGGGCGUUCGAUAGGAUGAGGGGUUUGGUAAUUGGUAAAUUGGUUUAUUAUUGUCACAUGUACCGAGGUCCAGUGAAAAACUUGUCUUGCAAACUGUUCCUGCAGAUCAUUUUGUUACACAGUGCACUGAGGUAGUACAGGGUAAAACAAUACAGAAUGCAGAGAGAGUGCAGUGCAGGCAGACAAUAAGGUGCAAAGUCUUAACCAGGUAGAUUGUGAGGUCAAGAGUCCAUCUUACCACACUCGGGGACCGUUCAAUAGUCUUAUAACAGCAGGGUAGAAGCUGUCCUUGAGCCUGGUGGGACGAGCUUUCAGGCUUCUGUAUCUUCUGCCCGAUGGGAGGGGGGAGAAGAGAGAAUAUCCGGGGUGGGUGGGGUCUUUGAUUAUGCUGGUUGCUUUACUGAGGCAGUGGGAAGUGUAGACCCAUGGAGGGGAGGCUGGUGUCCGUGAUGCGCUGGGCUGUGUCCACAACUCUCUGCAGUUUCUUGCGGUCCCGGGUGGAGCAGUUGCCGUCCCGAGCCGGGAUACAUCUGGGUAGGAUGGUUUCUGAGGGGCAUCUGUAAACAUUGGUGAGGGUCAACGGGGACAUGCCACAUUUCUUUCACCUCGAGGAAGUCGAGGCGCUGGUGAGCUUUCUUGUCCGUGGACUGUCCCCAAUGGUGGGAGGGGCAUGGAGCAGGGAGAUGGGUCAGGGAGAACCGGAGGAAGGAAUCCGUGAACCUGGGACACACUUCCCGGUAGGGCUGUGGAUGGGGAUCGGGAGACACAGGGAGGUGGGGCAGAGGGGAUAGGAGAGAUGGGCCAAGUGGACUCCCCCCCGUGGGGCUGGGGACUUUGGGGGAGGGCAGACGGUUUGUUCGGAGGGAAGAGGCAGUGAUGGAACCAGUGGAUGGUCUCCCCCAGGCGGAGCGAGCUCAGCGCCCCACGGAUCCUCUUCGCAGGAGGCAUGGCCGGAAUCUUCAACUGGGUCGUGGCCAUUCCUGCUGACGUACUGAAGUCCCGCUUCCAGACAGCCCCCGAUGGAAAAUAUCCCAAUGGAUUCCAAGAUGUUCUGCGUGAACUAAUUCGGGAGGAAGGGGUGGGCUCCCUGUACAAGGGAUUCAGCGCAGUGAUGUUACGAGCAUUCCCAGCGAACGCGGCGUGUUUCCUGGGUUACGAGCUGACCAUGCGGUUCCUGGACUGGUGGGGCGCAAGAGCGUGAGCACGGGACUCUCCCACUCCACCCCCGAUGUUCUGAGGCUCAGCGGAGGGAAGAGUGGCUCCAGGACUGUCUGAGUAGCAGCGUAGGUUUAACCUCGGAUACAGCGUGGGCAGUUCUGUCCAGACGGAAGGAUCUCGUAGUCCACGGAAGGGUGCUCCCUCCUCACCACCCCUCCCACAACGUGACACUCCCUCCGCAUUGCCCCUCCUGUGGCGCGCCGCUCCCUCCUCACCACUCCUCCCAUGGCGUGGAGCUCCCUCACUGACCCUCCCACAGUGCGACACUCCCUCCGCAUUGCCCCUCCUGUGGCGCGCUGCUCCCUCCUCACCACUCCUCCCAUGGCGUGGAGCUCCCUCACUGAUCCUCCCACAGUGCGACACUCCCUCCGCAUUGCCCCUCCUGUGGCGCGCCGCUCCCUCACCACUCCUCCCAUGGCGUGGAGCUCCCUCACUGACCCUCCCACAGUGCGACACUCCCUCCGCAUUGCCCCUCCUGUGGUGCGCCACUCCCUCCUCACCACUCCUCCCAUGGCGUGGAGCUCCCUCACUGACCCUCCCACAGUGCGACACUCCCUCCGCAUUGCCCCUCCUGUGGUGUGCUGCUCCCUCCUCACCGCCCCUCCCACAGCGCAGCGCUCCCUCCUCACCGCCCCUCCCACAGUAAGUCAUGUGUGGGCAGGAUUGUGGGGCUCGAGCCUGCGUAGAGGGGUGUGACCCUGUGUCCAGGGCGAGAGGUGUGGACUGACCCCUCACUGGUGUUGACACUGCCGAUGUUGUGUGCCGGGGGGAGAUGUGGAGCCCAGUGAAUAAACCGUUGUUGCCUCGUG